AUGGAGCUCCCCAGUUACAGCAAGCAGCUGCUGCAACAGCUGUAUGCUCUCUGCAAAGAGCAGCAGUUCUGCGACUGCACCAUCUUCAUCGGGAAUGUUCAUUUUAGAGCACACAAGGUGGUUUUGGCUGCUGCCAGCCUGCUUUUUAAAUCCUUGUUGGACAACACAGACACCAUCUCCAUCGAUGCUUCUGUGGUGACCCCUGAGGAGUUUGCACUCUUGCUGGAGAUGCUGUACAGUGGCAAACUCCCACUGGGGAAGCACAAUUUCACCAAAGUAAUCUCUGUAGCAGAUAGUCUGCAGAUGUUUGAUGUGGCUGUUAGUUGCAAAAACCUCCUCAGGGACCUCAUCAGCUGUUCUUCUCAGGACCAGGUAGUGAGAGAAGUCUCCUGCCAGGCAGCAGACUCAUCUGGAAACCACGUUGAAGCUGCUAGCCUGCUCCAGUCUGAAAAACCUGCUGCAGGAAAAACAGAUACCCUCCUCCCUCAGAGAGUUUCCCCUUCUGGCCCUGUGGAAGGAGAAAUGAAAGCAGAUGUUUCUCCUCCUGGACAGGAACUUACCACGAAUCACAUCUGGGUUCACCAGAAUGUGAUGCCAAGUGACUCCAGAUCCCUCUGGGAGGAUUCGGGCUCUCAUCCUGGUCAGCCUGCCCAUGCCGAGCAGGAUGGCUGUGUAGAAGAGGAGCUUGCUGAGCCUCUGGAGGAGAAAGACAAAGCAAGGGAUUUAGCAGCAGAGAGCAAAAGCUGUAAACUGGAUUUCUUUCUUCGAUAUGAAAGUGUUUUCUCUGAGGCCCUUUCUGAUGCCCAGGCUGUGCUGAAAAGACUAGAAGAGUGCAGAGAAAUUGAUGCCUCUCAAAAGGAGGCUCUGGUUGCCUCCCUGGCAGAGGCAGGGCAGCAGCCAGUGUUCAAGAAGCUGCUGAGCGAAGUGAAGGAUGCUCAGACCCUGGAUGCUCAGACCCUUGUGUCUUUACUGAAGCUGUUUCAAGAUGUGAAUCCCGAGCUGAGAGCGGCUUUGCUGGAAAGGGAAGGAGGCAGCGGAGAAGCCCUGCAGCAAGCAGAGAGCACAGACGAGGGAGAGACGCUGACCGCUUGCUUGCUGGGGCGCAGGGAGGAGCUGAUCCAGAGUGUGACACAGCUGAGCCCUAUCGUAGAGUUCCUGGAGGCAGCAGAAGAAGGAUUCCUGACUGCCUCGGAGAAGCGGGUGGUUUUGGAUUGCUGUGAAGGUGGCUCUCAGAGGGCAGCCAUGGACAAUCUGCUGAGGAAGGUGGAUGAAGAGAAGACCCUGAAAGCAGAAAGUUUGGUCAAACUUCUGGGGGCUGUGAAAGCGUCAUUCCCUGGUCUCCACCAUCUGCUAGACAGCUUGAGGACAACAGCAAACAUGUCUGAUGGUAAAGCCAAAUGGAGGCCAGAAGAUUACGGAACCAAACUGUUGACACAAUACAGAGAAGACCUAGUGGAGGUCCUCAGGGACACACAGAUGCUGCUGCAGGGCAUCUCUGCUGCACAGACCCUGGCUCCUGCUGAGAGAGCGGUGAUGGAGCAGGUUGUGAAGUGUGAAGCUGGUGGUUUUGCCUCCCUGGUGUCAGCGGCGCUGGAGGAGCGGUCUCUGUCGGUCUCUGCCGUUUGGCAGCUGCUGCUGGCUGUGCAGGAACCUGCACCGCUGAGCGUGCUCAUGGAGGAGAUCCGGAAACAACCCGGCGCAGAGUUUUUCUUCCAAGCAGUGGCCACCAGCGAGAGCACAGCCAUUGAGAUCAUCCUGCGGCACAGUAAGCUGAUCUCGGAGGCCAUCCAGCAGAGAGCGGACCUGGAGGGCUUGGCUCCAGGGGAGGCAGGGCUCACAGAAGCAGUAAAAGAGCUACUGAGUAUUUCUGCUCAGAAGGAAAGUUCAGAGGCCUCCUUGAAAGCAGCUCUGAGCACAGCCCAGGAGAAGUCUGUCCUAGCCAUGAAGAUCUGUCAGCUGCUGUGCACUGUCCAUGAGUCCUUCCCGGGCCUACAGCCAGUGAUGCAAGAGCUGGGACAUGUGGGUCUCUUGACUGAGGGAAGCAGUGACAAACCUGGGAUUAGGAAGUGGAAAGUGAACAGUGAAUCACAAGUUGAAGCUCUGGAAAAAGAUGAGGAGAAGGCAGGAGGUGCUAGUGCCAAGGAACCAAAGGAACCCCAAGAAAAAUCUUCCAAGAAGAGUUUUGUCUGCAAAGCCUGCGACAAGACCUUCCACUUCUACUGCCGCCUGAAGGUGCAUGUGAAACGUUGUCGAGUGGCCAGAGGAAAGCAAAUUCAGUGUAAGGAAUGCAGUGAGGUCAAGUCGACAAAGAAGGAGCUGGAGAAGCAUCAGCUGGAGGUCCACGGGUUGGUGGGGACGGCCAAGAAGAAGAAGAGGAGGCACCCCGUGGCGUGUGACAUCUGUGGCCGAGAGUUUGCUCAUGCCUCAGGGAUGCAGUACCACAAGCUGACGGAGCACUUUGACGAAAAGCCCUUCUCCUGUGAGGAGUGCGGGGCCAAGUUCGCAGCCAACUCCACGCUGAAGAACCACCUGCGGCUGCACACGGGGGACCGGCCCUUCAUGUGCAAGCAUUGCCUGAUGACUUUCAUGCAGGCUUCAGCCCUUGCUUACCACACCAAGAAGAAGCACGCUGAGGGGAAGAUGUACGCCUGCCAGUACUGCGAUGCUGUGUUCGCCCAGUCCAUCGAGCUGUCACGCCACGUCCGGACUCACACGGGGGACAAGCCGUAUGUCUGCCGGGAGUGUGGGAAAGGCUUUCGCCAGGCCAACGGGCUCUCCAUCCACCUCCGAACCUUCCACAACAUCGAAGAUCCCUAUGACUGCAAGAAAUGCCGGAUGAGCUUUGCCACGCUGCAGGAGCACCGCAAGCACAUCCACGAAGCCCACUCCCGGGAGUACCACCCCUGCCCUACCUGCUCCAAAGUCUUCAGCGCCCCGUCCGUCCUGGAGCGACACAUGGUGACCCAUGUCGGAGGAAAGCCCUUUAGCUGUGAGAUCUGUGACAAAGCUUACCAGCAGUUGUCAGGGUUAUGGUAUCACAACCGGACCCACCACCCUGAUGUCUUUGCAGCUCAGAAUCACCGCUCCUCCAAGUUCUCCUCCCUGCAGUGCAGCUCCUGUGACAAAACCUUCUCCAGCACUGCUGCUCACCGAAAGCACGUCAAGGCAGAGCACGCAGAUGUGAAGUUCCAUGAGUGUGAAACAUGCAAGGAGCUCUUCCCCACGCUGGCUCUCCUGCAGGUCCACAUGAAGUGCAGGCACUCAGGCUCCCAGCCAUUUUGCUGCUUGUACUGCUCAGCAUCCUUCUGCUUCCCUGGGGCCCUGCAGAACCACGUCACCAGUGAGCACUUCAAGCAGACAGAGAGCACCUUCCCCUGCAAGCUCUGCGGGGAGCUCUUCCCCUCCCAGGGUGAGCUGGAGGGGCACUACCGUGCUGAGCACCCGAAAGUGGUCUUCUCCCAGGCCACCACAGCCCAGAUUGUGCAGGUGAUCCAGACGUCGGAGCAAGGAGCAGCAGAGCACAUCAUCUCUUUUGAUGAGGCCCAACUCGCUGGCUCCCAAGUCUUUGUGACAUUGCCUGAAUCCCAGCUGAGCCAAGCUGGCUCUGAGCUGGUGGCAGUGGCCAUGGAGGACUUGUUCGAUGAUAAAGUCACUCUGAUUUGUGAAGAAACCUAG